AGCUCAUGUCCCACCCACUGGUGACAGUGUAAAACCAGGGUGUUUAGGGCAAAGGGGUCCUCCUUGAUCUGAACACUUCUGGGGGCAAGUGAGUCUUGGUCAGAUUGUUCAGCCUGGUGCUGCCUUGGUGCACUCUGAGCCUUCCUCAGCCCUGUGAAGACCUGAGACAAAGCAUCACCCAUGAGGAUCCUCUACCUGCUCUUCCCUUUCUUCCUCUUGUUGCUCCAGGGUGCUGCAGGUUCCUCCCUGGCUUUAGGAAGUAAGGAAAAAUGUCACCGAGAAAAAGGCUACUGUGGAUUUCUGAAGUGCAGUUUCCCCUAUGUCCCCAAGGGAAAAUGUUCAAGGUUUUUCUUUUGCUGCAAAUCAGUCUGGGGGUGAGACCCUGAACUCUACAAGCAGGACAUCCCCCAUGCUUCUGGAACCAUCUCCUGAUGUCUUCUCCCUUCCCUUCCUCUGCCUUCCCCAGUUGCUGUGCCAGCAGGAGUGGAUGUUCUGCUCCUGCAGGUUGCCCAGGGUCUCAUAGGCUGGAGACAUUUCCCCAUGGCCCUGCUGUGGCUGGGGCAGGGGCUGCUUUUCCCAGCAUGAAUAAAG